AUGUCGACUAUAAAUAUAUUGAGAUACUCCGCGUUGGGCUUGGGUGUCGUUUACGGCGCUUACCACAGAUACUCGCUCGAGUCCACCUACGCGAAACAGCAAGCUGCCAAGCAGUGGAAACAAGAAGAAAAGUUGAUUGCAGAGGCCAAGGCGCUUUAUAAGAAGAUAGAGACCCCUCCUCAACCGGUGAAACCUCAAGGAAACGCGCUGGCCAUCAAUUGGGAGGACCCAAACUUGGACGUGGGUGCUACUUUGGAGUCGUUGCUCGCUAAAUUAGACUAA